GUAGAAUAAAACAAACAGACUUCUUGUCUGAUAUGAGAAAUCCAACCUGGAUUCUCAGAUGAGAGAAUCAAAACAACUGGACGACAUAAAUCCCACUUUGUGAUUUCCAAUCGUCCUAAUUUGGGUGCCACUCAAAUUCUAAUAAGUCUCGGAUUUGGAGUUCUGGGAUGGAUCAGUUUAUGGUGGCCUAAAGAGGCAAACCAUACAAAAAGGAGCAAGAGAUUUAGUUUAAUCUGAACUGGGUUUCUCUGUUCUCUUUUGAGCUUCAUGCUGAGCCAUCUCUGCUUGAUGGCCUCCCACAGUUACCCUCAUGGCCUUGUUUUGCAGCAAGAACAGAACAUGGGCAUCAUUAAGGAUUUCCAAUCCUUUCUGCCGAGUUAUGGAGUAAAACAGGAAGUUACAAAGUUAGGAUCCUUAAAAUUGAUUCCUCAGCAAGGUGAGGAGCCAUGGAGAGCAAUAAGUGGAUUGUCAGAGCCUAACUGGUUUGCUAAGACUGCCUCAGAUAUUGAAAGGCCGACACUCACUGAUGUGCAAGAUGUUCAUCAAGAUUCAGUGCUCUUCAGCUAUGGGAUUGCUGACCACUUCUUACGACAUGAAAAGAUGGCGCAGUUGCUCAUAUCUGGAGAAAGUGAAGCAGAGAGAGGUGGACUAGAUAUAACUUCCCUAUAUGACUUAAUGCGGUUAAAUGAAAUGCACCAAAAGCCCUUAAUUCCUUCUCUCAUCUAUCCAAUUAGUGAGUCACACACAAAGCCUCUCUUGGACUUUGUUGGUGGUCUGGCAUCUAGUUCUAAGAUUACAAUUCAGCCAGAUGGUCGAGUCUUCUUCACAGGUACGGGGACUGAGAUGAAGCAUCUUCUUUCAGUUGUAUCUGAGUUUUACUCAUUGAACAGAUCAGCUAGUUCAGGAAAGCAUUCUGUUCUGGUUCCAUACUUUGAUAGGUUCCAGUUCAGGGAAAAAAUCAAUAUUGAUGGUUCUCCUUUGAAGAUGCAUGGGACUACUGUUGCUCCUUUAAAGAGUCCUGAAAAAAUUAAGACAAGGGGCAUGCCAAAGCAGAAGAAUGGGAAAAAGGUGGGCAAAGACAGAGAACUAUACACAAGGAACUAUUUCCACGCUUGUGAGAGCCUUCUAUCUUUAAUGAUCGACAGAAAGAAGAAUGGGAAAUCAGCAAUUCUAUCACUUCAAAAGUCUGGCCCUGAGCUUCCUCAGCUCCUGACCCAGUUUUCUGCCAGUAUUGCCGGAACAGGACUGGCUGUCCUUUUCUCUGUUGUCUUUAAUGUAGCUUGUGCGAGGGUACCCUUCUGCUCGUUGAAACUCAUGAACACCGGAGUUGGAUUUGGGUUAGUUUGGCUAUCUUGGUCAGUAAAUAAGCUGAGGGACACAAUUGUUCCUAUGAGCAAGAAUCUAAGGAAGUCGGAUUUAAAAGAAGAUGAAAUAUUGUCAAGGGUAGAGACAAGCGUGCAUGAGAUUUACUUCAGAGCUGCAGCCUUGAUGGCAGUGGCGGUGUUGAGAUUUGCUUGAACAUGAAGCAAUGAAAAAGUUUUGUGAGAUACAGAUGGUGUGGAUCACAUAUGACUAGAUGGUCUAUAUCUGAAUAUAAUUGUAUAUGGCGGCAGCUAAUACUUGUACAGGUGAAGCCCUUUGAUCAAACGUGUUCAUUAAUUAUUUAUGAUUGAAGUGCCCAUCUUUUUUUAAGAAAUAUGUUCUUAAAAACCCUUCAGUUGACGUGAACCAGAAGUCCGGUGAGCGUGCUGGCUCUGGCUGAUGACCAGUCAGCUGGUUGUAGUAGUAGUACUAGUUCAUGUAGAAUGUGAAUUGAUAAGAAGGUUGCGUGUAGUCUGUAACAUGGUACAAUUUUGUGCAUGGAACUGUCUCAGUGUUAUUCCUCUA